AUGUUUGUAUUGAUUGAGGACAACAACUCAGUAGUCAUGAUCGUAUUUAGGCAUGGCCCACAAAUGUCCAAUAAAGUCUACUUCCGCACGACGUUAUUUCCACGCCAUCUCCACAACAUUCCGAUUACCACAGAAGAAAAGAGGAAGCAUACGAAGAUGUCGUGGCAGUCUUACGUUGACGACACAUUGAUGAGCGAUCUCGGGAAUGGCCGCUGCCUCACCGCCGCCGCAAUUCUCGACUUUAGUGGUGACGUCUUGGCUCAGAGCGCUAAUUUCCCUCAGUUGAAGCCUGAGGAAAUCGAUAGCAUCAACAAAGGUUUCGCUGAACCUGAAACGCUUGCCGAAACGGGUUUGUUCAUCAAUGAGGAAAAGUACAUGGUAACCCCAGAAGAGGCAGGCGAUGUGAUUCAAGCAAAGAAGGGAGCUGGUGGUGUUACCAUCAAGAAGACCGUCACGGCUUUAAUCUUUGGUAUCUAUGAGGAACCAGUAACUCCUCGACAGUGUACUAUAAUUGUGGAGAAUCUGGGUAACUAUCUGGCUGAUUCAGGGUACUGAAACCCAUGUUGCUGUCAUAUGCAUAUGGCUCAUGUUCUAUUUGUAUUUGGAAUGUGAUUUGAUCAAAUAAAAGUCAGACUGUCUAUGACCGGCUACCAUAUGUGAUUAUGCGUUGUAUGACUAUAACUGGUAUUGUCUUCAAACUAUACUUGUGUGAAUUGCCACUAAAAUAGAUUCAGAUCACAAGAUCAUACGCAUGUGAUUGCAUUAUGAGUUUUCAGAUAGAAUGUCUGUACACAAGUUCGGUCCAUAGCAUAGGCAAAGUAAUCAUUUAUCU